AUGGAAAUUAAAGGCACUAUAAAGUAUGUAUUAAUUGUUCUUCUAUUGUUUCACAAGUACAUUUUGUAUUUGUCUUAGAUCCACCCAGUCUCCAAGAUAUCAGUCACUGACGUUGGAGGGUACUCUGCGUUUAAUAUCCACUCCAGGAUGAUCCCCGGUUCCACCUGGUCUGUACUCCACCCAAUAGGGUCCCCUCCUGGUUCCCCUUAGUUCCUGGGGGAUAUGGGCUUUAUCCACGGAUACUGAUGAGGACUCCUGUCCAGGGUGGCUAAGUCUGUACCACUCGAUCUUGUCUCCCUCUGGAAGGGCCUCCCUCCUGGUCCUUUUACCCCUAAAGCACUUCCCUGCCACCAGUGUUUGGCCCAUUAGUUUCUUGUGUGCUUUCGGUGUGGUAUACGGCAUAGAACCUUUAUGCGAAACCAUCCACUGAUCAGAAGAUUUUAUUACUGAUUUGCCUAGUCCCUGGGCCUCAUUAUUGCGAGCAAGUUAAUAAGCACUUUUAAAACCUUUAUAUGAUACACAGAAAGGAGCAAGGAACGAUGUGAUGAUCCCUUCAACUGCUCAAGGCAGAUUUAAAUUCAUCUUCAAAGUUAUAUAAUUAAUGAUCUGUUAAAACCUGUUGUAUGUGUCUGACGAGGGUUGAGUUUUCAUCACACGUGGGCUAAUUUUGGUGUGGUGAAUAAAACUAGCCUGAGAAAACAGCCGACAUUUGGCGACACCAUCACUGUUUUCUCCCUGAAAUCACGUUUGAGAAACGAGUGCAGAAAGUGUGUACUGUUUCAGGACGCGUCACUGCCCAGAUCUGGGUGUUUCUGAUUGGUUGAAGCAAAUUUCCAUGCAACACAACCAUGCAAUCAGAAGCAUUACCCAGAUCUGGGUAGUGACACAUCAUCAGUAUGGAAUUUCUGCACUUGUUUCUCAGAAGUCAUCUCGCGGGCAAACCAGUGGUGGCAUCGCGAAAUGUCGGCUGUUUUCCCAGGCUAUACUAUUACUUACAUUUCAUGAACCUUUGGUUUCGUGUAAUAAAUUUUCUCUUUUCCUUUCAUUGUCUGAUCACUGCAUCUUUUCAUUGCUAAUUUUUCAGGAGUGGAACAUUUGGUUCUAUGGUUGAGUACGGAUGUGAAAAGCACAUUUCUGAACACAGUCGACUGGCUGCCACAAUGUGGAUUGGUUUGCCUUUUGGUGUAUUGCUGAAAGUCAAGUAA